CGGAAAAACAGAUAUAAAUGAAUACUGCACCAGCCCUUCCAUUGAAGUCUACUUUCGUAAAUAUACUUCUUUAAGUUUCGCAUGUAUCUGUAUGUUGCAUGGACAUAUUUAGCGAUUUGUAUGAUUUGCACGAAGUUCAUCUUUAUACUGUAUUAUGCAGCUUUGUACAGGAACCUCGGUCCAAACCUUCAUCAUCCAAAAGCGAAGAAAAACAGCAUCUUCUCGAUGGCGAAUUUCAACAAGAAAGUUCAGCCGUUACUGUGGAGGAUUCUACAAAUAUGUAUGAAGAAUUCUGCUUCAAUCGCACCAUUGAACAUCCUACAUCUAAUUUUGAUACGAUGAUUCAUUUGCUGAAAGCUAAUAUAGGAACCGGAAUUUUAGCAAUGCCAGACGCUUUUCGCAACUCUGGUUGGGUGGUUGGAUUGUUCGGAACAUUAUGUAUGGGUAUCAUUUGCACGCACUGUAUGCACAUGUUGGUGAAAUGUUCCCACGAACUUUGCAGAAGAACACAAGCGCCCUCUUUAAGUUUUUCUGAAGUGGUGGAAAACUCUUUUAAGACUGGACCAGAGUUUUUGCAGAAGUAUUCGAGUUUGGCCAAGUCACUAAUAAACAUAUUUUUAUGUAUAACGCAACUAGGUUUCUGUUGCGUAUACUUCGUGUUCGUAGCUGUUAACCUACACGAUAUCAUAAAACAUUUUUGGAUGGACAUUGGCACACCUUGGUACUUGUUAUUUUUAUUAGCACCUAUGGUUAUGCUCAAUUGCGUCAGAAGCCUCAAGUAUUUAACCCCAGCUUCGCUAUUCGCAUCGAUAGCGACUUGUAUGGGCUUGGUGAUAACGUUUUUCUAUAUAUUCCAAGGAGGUUUGCCGAAUACGUCGACGAUCAAGGCCUUCUCGUCGUGGGAACAGCUACCGCUCUAUUUCGGUACAGCUAUUUAUGCUUUCGAAGGGAUUGGAGUGGUGUUGCCGCUAGAGAACAAUAUGAAAAAUCCACAAGAUUUCAGCGGAUGGAACGGCGUACUCAAUACUGGAAUGGUAAUAGUUGCAGCAUUGUAUACAGCGAUUGGAUUUUUCGGAUAUCUGAAAUAUGGAGAAAAAGCUGUGUUGGGAAGUGUUACGCUAUUGCUGCCACCUGAUGAAUAUUUGGCGCAAUUGGUUCGUCUGAUGAUGGCUGUAGCAAUUUUCUUGUCCUACAGUCUCCAGUUCUACGUCGUGUUCCACAUCAUCUGGCCUUGGAUCCAGACACAUUUCAAAACAGAUAAAAGCAGAGAAGUAGCGGAAUAUAGCUUAAGAGCUAUUCUUGUAUUUAUUACCUUUGUUAUAGCAAUUGCAAUCCCUAAUCUAGGAGCAGUAAUCUCUUUGGUAGGAGCAUUCAGUAGCUCAGCUCUAGCGUUAAUAUUCCCCCCUAUCAUUGAGAUUAUCACGUUCUGGCCUGACAAGCUGGGGCAAGGAAGAUGGGUGUUAUGGAAAGAUAUAUUUAUCAUUGUAUUUGGAGUUCUUGGUUUUAUUGUCGGUUCUUACGUGAGCUUGUUAAAUAUAAUUAAUUAGAAACAGUCGAUUUCAAAUUUACUCUGACAAUAUGAUUGACAAUAACAUUCAAGAGUAUUAUCUUAAACCAGUGAUUUGAAUAUAUUUAAGAAAUUAAUGUGAUUACUUGAUAUCCAUGUAGCGUAAUAAUAGUUUUCUUUUCUGAAAUCAGCAUGGAAUUAUUUUUACUGACAAUCAAAGUGGAUGCUAUCGAUUAUUUACACACCACUGUUUACUUUUUCUUCGUAGAUACAGUGUAGGCUCUUUCAUUAUUCAACCAUUGAAAAAAGAUAAGUAGUUUUGUUAAAAGUAGCAGAACUUGAAUUAGUCUUCACAGUAUGUCCGAUACAUGUUCGAUUGGCUUGAGGUCGGGUCUGGAAGCUGGCCAAUUCAUAUGGAAAAUUCCAACAUCUUCCAAGUAUUCAUUGACGAUGAUUCUAGCACAAUGGGGACGCGCGUUAUAGUAUAUAAAGAUAAAAUUAGGUCCUAUAAAUAGAGCAAAAGAGACCACAUGUUCAUCUAAAAUGAUCGUUAUAUACCUUGCUCCUUUCAUAGAACCUCCAUCCACAAGAACUAUAGACCAGGGCGCAUCUGUAAAAAUAUUAGUACAUUUGGACGUUGAGAGGUGACUCAAAUUUUUUUGCAGAAAUUGCUUGAAAAUAACUCAAAUAAUAAUAUUUGAGUUAUCCUCCCUCUCAAAAAGGUCCGGAACAUUGUUUAAAUAAUCAAAAUGUCAAAAAAUGAAGGAAAAAUUCGAUUUUUUUCUUCGUUUUUGAUUAUAAUUUUAAAAGUAUUCAUUUCCGAGAAAAGUUGUACUGACAUAAAAGUUGCGUAAUUAAAUUUCCUACAAUAUAGAAUUGGUUAAAAAUUUAAAAAAUUGUAACCCUUGUUGCAAAAUAGCAGUAAUUGCGAAAAAACCAUACAAAUACAAGUAUUCGCAUUUUACGUUUUUCAACCAUUUAUGCUACACUUAUGACCUUCAUAUUUCACCCAGAAAAACUUUAUGAUACAGUAAAACACUACUGUAAAUUUCAUUACAAUCGGUUUAAUAGAUUUUGCAAUCCAGCUUUCGCAAAAAAAAUUCUUUUUUUCAAAAUGUUACAGGACUGAAAAUAAAGCAGAUAGCAAGUUGAAAUUUUUUUGCAUAUAGUAGUGUACUGUACCAUUCAUUUGCAAUUUGCAAAAUUAAAAUCGAUUAACUACCACGGCGUCAGGAAUUUUUUUAAAUAAACAUUAAUUAUUGGUGCUACGCGCAGGACAGCGGAUAGUUUGCUCUGAUUAGGCAUUCCAAUGACCUUUGAUAAUGAUUGAUACAUUUUAAUUUUUAUUACAUUUCGAUAUAAAUAGAUAAAUUUGUUUAUUGCAAAAUAAAAACACAUACUCUAUCCUUGGAAAUAUCACUUUUUUAGCAAAAACUUUAUUUGUUCAUAUAUUUUAACUUAGAGAAUAAAAGUUUAUUAUUUUUAAACAUAUGCAAUUGUUUAAACAAUAUUUCACAAACUAUAAUAAAAUUAGUUUGAUUUUUGUGGAAUUAAAAUAUUAAAAUACAACAAAAUAUAGAGUAAGAAAAUAAUAUAUUAGAUAAAGAUUGGAAGACAUUUUGGUUGAAAUCAACUUGUGAGAAUCAAACACCGCUGUCCUGCGCGUAGCACCAAAAAUUAAUGUUUAUUUAAAAAAUUUCCUGACGCCGUGGUAAUUAAUCGAUUUUAAUUUUGCAAAUUGCAAAUGAAAGGUACAGUACACUUCUAUAAGCAAAAAAAAAUUCAACUGGCUAUCUGCUUUAUUUUCAGUCCUGCAACAUUAAAAAAAAAUGAAUUUUUUUACGAAAGCUGGAUUUCAAAAUUUAUUUUGCAAAAUCUAUUAAACCGAUCUUAAUCAAAUUUAAAAUGUUGUUUUACUACAUCAUAAAGUUUUUCUGGGUGAAAUAUGAAGGUUCUAAGUGUAGCAUAAAUGGUUAAAAAACAUAAAAUGCGAAUACUUGUUUUUGUAUGGUUUUUUUUCGCAAUUAUUGCUAUUUUGCAACAAGGGUGACUAUUUCUUAAAUUUUUACCCAUUUUUAUAUUGUAGGAAAUUUAAUUACGCAACUUUUAUGUCAGUACAACUUUUGUCAGAAAUGAAUAGUUUUAAAGUUAUAAUCAAAAAACCAAUAAAAAAAUCGAAUUUUUUCUUCAUAUUUUGACAUUUUGAUUAUUUAAACAAUGUUCCGGACCAUUUUGAGUGAGAGGAUAACUCAAAUAUUAUUAUUUGAGUUAUUUUCAAGCAAUAUCUGCAAAAAAAUUUGAGUCACCUCUCAACGUCCAUCUCAAAACAGAUGCGCCCUGGACUACUAAGGCAGUACGGACAACAGGCAUCAAACUAUACAUGUUCGAUUGGAUUAAGGUCGGGACUAUAAGCUGGCCAAUUCAUAAGGAAAAUUCCAACAUCUUCUAUGCAUUCAUUGACGAUGGGGACGCACGUAAUCGUCUAUAAAGAUAAAAUUAGGUCCUAUAAAUGGAGCAAAAGAUACCGCAUGUUCAUCUAAAAUGGUUGUUAUAUACCUACUUUGCUCCUGUCAUUAGAACCUCCAUCCACAAGAACUAAGUCAGUACGAACAACGAGCAACAAACUUAUACUAGCCUAAACAAUAACUGAGCGCCCUCGAUAGGUUAUUCUGUCGACAGUAUUGCAUUGGGCAAAUCGUUCUCCUUGUCUUAGCCUUCGGAUGAACAAGGGGGUAAAUUUGGACCCCAGCGUAUGUUUUUAUUUAAUAAAUUCAGAAAUAUUUUCAAUUUUAAACUCAUUAUUUUUUUAUUUAACUUUAAUAUCAUUCUAGAUACCCUCGCAUAUUUUGCAAUAAAAAAAAUUCCCUAUAUUUUACGAAAAAAAAUUUUUUUUCUGAAUUUGGGGUCAAAGACGAACUACCUUGGCCUUCCAUGUUCCAAUUUUAUAUUAAGUAAAUACCGUCUAUUAUGUGGAAUUGUUUGUAAGAAACAUUCCAAUAGUGAAAAAAAGUUGUUUGUUAAACCUGUGCUGACGUAAAUUAGUGUAUAUUUUAAAAUUUCUUUAGUUCUAUGUUCAGAAUGAUGAUUCCUGUUUUGGUUCAGUUGUGAUUAAAAUAUGUUUUACUAAUGUUUAUUUAUCAUUUAUUGAUACAACACUAAUAUGUAUUAAAAUUACGAAUACAUUAUUUUAUUUCUUAAAACAACUUAAUUUUUUUGUUAAUUCUCAUUUUUACUUGGGGUCAUUUUUUACCCCCGUUGGUCAUCCGUGUAACAAAAAAAGGUUGGUCAUCGGAAGGUUAGUUAACCUCAGAAAAUACUGUUGUGACUUCAGAGUUCUCUUAUUUCAUAUUUUAACGUUUAAAAACAUUUUAUUGUUGAUUGUCAGUUUGACAAAAUAUGAGCCUAUUAGUAAUAAAUAUUAUUGUUAUUGUUCAUGCUUUGUAAUUUGGAAAGAUUAUUGCUACGUCAGAUUACAAGUUUGUGAUAUUUUAGUUACUCAUAAAAAUAAGACAACAUUUGUCAUAUUUGUUGUUCUAGUCAUGAUUUUAAAUGUGGGUAUUUUAAAAAAUAUAUUAUUUUUUAUUGUAGUUAUGUAUUUUUAACAGAAAUUAUUAUGUCGGCGUAAGUAAUUUAUGUAUAUUAUAGAAGAAGAUAGUGUCAUAUCAAAAUCUUAUAAACGCAUUUUAAAAGAAUACAUAUUUUUAAGAUCA